CUCAGCGGCGUUUUGUGAUCCGACACCUUCAAAGUUGCGCUAGCACUAUUACUGGUUGCUCCCCGCCUCCGCUAAGGCUUCCCCUGGUGACGGCAUGAGUGGACCUUGACUGAAGCAUGUUGCGAAAGCCAUAGCCAUUAGCUAAAAGUGUUUCACAGCUCACGUUUGUGUUUGCACGUUUCCGACCGACAUUAUUGAGCAUCGGACAGUAAAUUUCCGAACGUGCAUGAGUGACAUUUGACCUUAUUCGUCGAAACUGGCCGCACCGCAUCUAGGCUUUACUGGAUUUCCUGCAUCGAACUGUUGAAAGUACGGAUUCGAUCGCUCUCCAGCAUUUCAGGGCCUUUAUACGCUGUUCUACUUUAUUCAUACUUCCUUCACACCUAUACAACAGCUGUGAUAUAAAUUUGUCUCGUUCUCGAUAUGACCUCCUCAAAUGGUCUGACCGACCGCGACGCCCUCACCGCAAGGUCUAUUCCAUCCAUGAUCCUCAGCGAUGGCAGCCCCGCUUCGAUGACCCCGCCCCCAGCUUCAACAUUCGAGGCCGACCCUGCCGUUAGUGCCCAGAAAAGAUUCUCUGUUCGAGGAAACGCUGUUGUCACUGGAGGUUCCGGGACGCUAGGUCUUCACUCUUGUGAAGCUCUCCUUGAACAUGGCCUUCAGGGCCUCAUGAUAUUCGAUGUCAAUCUCGCUAGCAGCGAAAAGGAAAUUACAAGAUUAAGGUCGAAGUUUCCCAGCGCUAAGGUUUGCACUCAACAAGUUGAUGUCACCGCCGAAGAUGAAGUCCGCGUCGCAAUGGAGGAAACCGUCCGUCUACUUGGCUCGGUUGAUAUCCUUGUUUGCUUUGUCGGGGUCGUCGGUUGUAUCGAAACCCUUGAAAUGCCCGUCUCUCAAUGGCGAAAGAUCCUCGACAUCAAUACUACUGGAUCGUUUAUCUGUGCUCAGGCAGCUGCACGAGAGAUGGUCAAGCAAGGAACUGGAGGCUCAAUCACCUUUGUGGCAUCAGUUUCUGCCCAUCGCGUGAAUUACCCACAGCCUCAGGUGGCAUACAAUGUUAGCAAAGCUGCGCUUUUGAUGCUCAAAAGCUCCCUUGCUGCAGAGUGGGCUCGUUACGGUAUAAGAACCAACAGUGUGAGCCCGGGAUACAUGGAUACAAUCUUGAAUGAGGGCAAGGGACUAGAUGCCCACCGGCGGCUCUGGGCUGAGCGUAACCCAAGCGGGCGAAUGGGAAGCCCAUCUGAGCUAACAGGAGCAAUUGUGCUUCUUGCUAGCUCUGCCGGGACUUACAUGAAUGGGACAGACAUUCUUAUCGAUGGAGGUUUAAGUGUGUUUUAGUGCUUAGAUCACGUUGUUUAAAAUUUUUGAUAAUAGCGAAAUUCCAUCAACGAGCUCAGAAUAGUAUUUUCGGGGCCUUGCUUCCUUUGUGGAAUCCCAAGGUUACUCAUGGACGAAGUGAUAAAAAGAAUCACCGCCUAUCUGAGUGAUUAGGAUUCCCGCAUGUUGGCAUCGGAUCGGACGACUGCGGUCCCUUGAUCUCAUCCACCAGGAACCACCAGGAAGAAUGCCGCCCCACG